CCUGUGAUUUUUAAACCCUCCCCUUCUCCGGGCGUGUGGGGAAAUUCCUGUUUUCUGAUGCCGUCUUUUUCCGCCGGGAUUUUCUAAUGGUACAGGACCAAGCUCUGGCAAUGGCGGAACGUGGGUUGGUCAAAGAGGAAGAGCUGUUGGAGCUGUCAUUUCCGUAUUCUCUUGAAACUGUUGCCAAGUCGCACUCUGCUCCGUCCAAGUACCCUGCUGCCGGUGACGAUGAAGAUGAGUUGGACAAUUCUUUUGUCUUUCAAAUUGAUCGGAGCUUGUUGAUUAAUCCUCUCCGUGUCUCGCUCGAUGAAAUGAUUGGCGAAGGAUAUCACUCCAUUGUCUACAACGGAUUAUAUGAUUCCAAUCCAGUUGCUGUGAAGGUUAUUCAGCCAAGCAGAACAUCAAUAGUAAGUUGGGAACGUAAAGAGAAAUUUCAGAGGGAGGUUUUACUGCUAUCCAGGACGAAACAUGAGAAUGUUGUAAAGUUUAUUGGUGCUUCUGUCGAACCAACGAUGAUGAUAGUUACUGAAUUGAUGAGAGGUGGUACACUUCAGAAAUAUUUGUGGAGCAUUCGUCCUGAGCGUCUUGAUAUGAGGCAUUCUUUAAGUCUUGCAUUGGAUAUUUCCCGAGCUAUGGAGUGCUUGCAUGCCAAUGGCAUCAUUCAUCGUGACCUGAAGCCAAGUAUUUCAUUCACUUUUGACAUCCGUAUCUGCAAUUUACUUCUCACGGAAGACAAAAAACAAAUAAAGCUGGCUGACUUUGGGCUUGCUAGAGAAGAGAUAAUGGAUGAAAUGACUUGUGAGGCUGGUACUUACCGGUGGAUGGCUCCUGAGUUAUAUAGCAGAGAUCCACUUCCCGUUGGAGUGAAGAAACACUAUGACCACAAGGUGGAUGUAUACAGCUUUUCAAUUGUUGUCUGGGAGUUGCUGACAAACAGAGCUCCAUUCAAGGGGAGGCCUAAUAUUACAGUUGCAUAUGCUACAGCGAAUAAUGAAAGGCCUAGCUUGGAAAAUCUUCCAGAAGAUAUUGCAUCGCUCUUGCAGUCAUGUUGGGAUGCAGAUCCAAAUGUCCGGCCAGAAUUCAGAGAAAUAACAAUCUCUCUCACAAACAUCCUCAACAGCUUAGGCUCAACAGACAUCCAACCUGCAAGCCCUGCUGAUAUUGAAGGUUCCAAAGACAAUGCCAAGGAAGGUGCCAUUAGCAGCGACGAAGUUACAAACAAGUCGCAAAAUAAGCACAAGAGGCGUAAGAGUUCAUUUUCUGUCUUCCUCAGUUGCUGUCAUGGCCUCUCAUCUGAUACAUAAACUGGGAUGAUGUGUGAUGUCCUUUUUUCUUUUUUUUUUUGAGGAAUCUUGUCUGGGGUUAGAAGCUGAGGACUCCAAACUCGGGUUAUAAACUAGAAAUGUAUAGCUUGACAGCUGCAAAUCCUAACUGCGCUGCAAUAUUUUCAUAAACAUCAUAUAGAACU